AUGACGUUCCAUGUGAACCCUAAAGGGCGCGACUGGAGCAGCCUCGUAAACUGGGACCAUCUAGGAAAGCUAUACGCCGGAAUCACAAUCGCCUGGACCAUCAUCCUGAGCGCUGGGUCAAUAUGGCUCCUCAUCAAUCGCAACGUCUCGUUUCUGAGGAUGCGCAACAUCCCGCUCGCCGUCGCCGCCGUUGCCUUUCUCCACGUGUAUCUGAUCAAGAUCUUGCUUGCCUACACAUCGAACGGACAUUUUCCGUGCAGCGCCGAAUUCUGGAUCAUGAGCGUCUAUUUGCCGUUUGGCAUCGCUCUUUUCCAAGCCAACAUUGCGCAGCUGGAGAAUGUUAGUAAUUAG